CUAAGGGGGGCGUGCAGGUGAGCGGGCCGCCGCGGGUGGCCGGCAUGGCGGAGGCCCGGAAGCGGCGGGAGCUGCUCCCGCUGAUCUACCAGCAUCUGCUGCAGGCGGGCUACGUGCGUGCGGCUCGCGAAGUGAAGGAGCAGAGUGGCCAGAAAAGCUUCCUGACUCAACCUGUCACCCUUCUGGACAUCUACACGCACUGGCAACAAACCUCGGAGCUUGGGCGGAAGAAGAAGGCAGAGGAAGAUGCAGCACUGCAAGCCAAGAAGAUGCGUGUGUCAGACCCCGUCAGCAGCUCUGAGAGCUCAGAGGAGGAUGAGGAAGUAGAAGCCCUGGCUGCUAAAGCCACCCCAAGGCCAACAGCUGUCAACUCCUCAGUCACAGGGGUGGAUCUGCCAGCAAGCAUGAAAGAAAAGGCUAAGGUGCAGGCACAGACCAGGGCCGACAAGGUAGUGAAUUCUGUGCCACAUUCUGCAUCCAAGAAGGCUCUAGCCCACCUGCUGACUGGAAAGUCAGCCCAGAAGUCAGCAGAACCCUCAAUGAACACAGUUUUGGCCUCAGAAACUGAAGAGGAGGCUGGUGGCCCAGCCCCUGCACCUGCUGCCAUGCCUGGCUUGGUGUCAGCGGGCCAGGCCGACAGCUCCAGCGAGGAUACCUCCAGCUCCAGUGAUGAGACUGAUAUGGAGGUGAAACCCACCCAGGUCAAAGCCCCACUGCCAGCCCCUGCCCAGGAGUCCACAGUGAAGAGGACAACUCCAGCCCCCGGGAAGGUGGGGGCCAGGCCAACCCAGGCCCGAGGAGGUGCCCUGACCCCAGCAGCGGAGACCCAGAAAACACAAAAAGACUCGGAGAGCAGUGAGGAAUCCGACAGUGAGGAGGAGCCCCCCACAGGGAGGCCCGGCCAGGUCAUGGCCUCAGGGAAAGUUCUCCUGGCUGGAUCGGCCUCAGCCUCUGCUAAGGGGACACCCAGGAAAGCAGCUACCCCAGCAGCCCCUGGGAAGACAGGGAGGCCAGAGGAGGACUCCGACAGCAGCAGUGAGGCAUCAUCAUCUGACAGCGAGGAGACCCCAGCUGCCGUGACCCCACUCGAGGUGAAGCCCUCAGGGAAGACUCCCCAUGCCAGAGCUGCCAAGGGAUCCCCCAGGAAAGGGGCCCCUCCGGUGGCCCCCAGCAGGAUAGGCCCUGCCGCCACCCAGGCCCAAGUGGGGAAGCAGAAGGAAGUCUCAGAGAGCAGCAGCGAGGAGUCAGAUAGUGACGAGGAGACGCCUGUGACCCAGACGAUGAACCCAACCCAGCCAAAGCCCUUGGGGAAGAACUCUCAAGUCAGACCUGCACCUGCUGUGGGCGUGGGGCCCUCAGGGAAAGGCACUGGGCUGGUGCCCCCUGGGAAGGCAAGGCCUGCAGCCCCGUUGACCCAGGUGGCUAAGCCGAAGGAGGACUCAGACAGCAGCAGUAGCAGCAGCAGUGAGGAAGAGUCUGACAGCAAUGGGGAGGUGGUUCCAGCCAUGUCCGCAGCCCAGGUAAAGCCCCCAGGGAAAGGCCUUCAAGUCCCAUCCUCAGCUCCCACCCAGGGGCCCUUAGGGAAAGUGGCAGCCCCGGUGCCCUCCCAGAAGCCUGGACCUGGACCUGGAGCUCCUAAGGAAGACUCAGAAAGCAGUGAGGAGUCGUCUGAUAGCGAGGAGGAGGCACGCACAGCCCCACCUCCUACUCAGGCAAAACUGGCUCAGAAAACUCAACCCAAGGCCUCCCCAAAGAAAGGUACCCCCGCUCCCAUGACCCCUACAUCUACCAAGGCUCCCGCCAUGCAAGUGAGCUCCUCAUCCCCUGCUGUGGCCCAGGGCGCCCAGCGGCCCACGGAGAUCUCUUCUAGCAGUGAGGAGUCAGAGAGUGAUGAGGAGACCACUCCUGCUGCUACAGCAAAGUCUGUGGGCAAAGGCCUCCAGGCAAGAGCUACCCCAGCUACUUCCACGGGACCUUUGGGACAAGGAACCACACCCAUGCUCCCCGGAAAGACAGGGCCUGCCAGUGCCCAGCUCAAGGCCAAGGCGCACAAGGAGAGCAGUGAAGAGGGAUCAGACAGUGAGGGGGCCGCCUCCACUACCACGCAGGUGAAGGCCUCCGCAAAAGCACCCCAGGCUAGAGUUGGCACAGCUUCUGCAAGAGCAGCUGCAGCCCAAGGCGUCACGUCACCCCCUAGAAAAGUCAUCACCCCCGCUGCCCAAGCCAAGCAGGGAUCCCCAGCCAAGGCAAGUGGGGCCAGGGGGGAGCUGAGGCAGCCACUUCCUUCUCCAAUGUCAUGUUUCCUUGCAAUUCAGGGGAAGCCUCCCAUGAAGACUGCCCAGAACAGUGCUGUGGGUAAGGCGGCAACCACAGUGGCCCAGGCCAACAAGGUGCCCGUGGGGAGACCACAGGAGGAUUCGGAGAGCAGUGAGGAGUCCUCAGACAGUGAGGAGGAGGAGGAGGCGCCAGCUCAGGUGAAACUCUUGGGAAAGACACCCCAACUCAGAGCUGCCCUGGCCCCUGCCAAGGAGUCCCCCAGGAAAGGGACCCCUCUGGCACCCUCUGGCAAGGCAGGCCCUGUGCCUGCUCAGACCCAGCUGGGGAAGAAGGAGGAGGAUUCGGAGAGCAGCAGCGAGGACUCGGACAGCGAUGGGGAGACACCCAUGGCCGUGACCCCAGCCCAGGCAAAAUCUGCUACACGACACCCCCAACUCAAGGCCUCACCAGUGAAAGGGGUCUUGGGCACCCCGGUGUCUGCCAAGGCCCCCACAGCUCAAGCAGACACACCAGCCCCGUGGAAGGCGAAGCAAACAAGUCCUACUGAGGUCUUAACCUCUCGCAAGGACAGUAACGCCAAAAUAUCUAGAGGCAAGAUCCUUACCCCGGCCCCUCCAGAGAAGAAGGCAGCAGAGUCCUCCGAGAGCAGUGACGAGGAAUUGCCAUCAAGCCAGGUGAUUAAACCCCCUCUGAUUUUUGUCGACCCUAAUCGCAGUCCAGCUGGCCCGGCUGCUACCCCGGCACAGGCCCAGACUGCAGGCGCCCAGAGGAAGACCCGGGCCUCGGAAAGCACAACCAGGAGCUCCUCAGAGAGCGAGGAUGACGACGUGAUCCCCGCAACGCAGUCCUUGGCUCCUGCCAUCAGAACCAACGUGCUGGCCACUGGCCACCCAAGGACAGGCCACAGCGCCAGCGGCAGCGAGGAAUGCAGCCGGGCAUCAGAAGACAAGAAACAAGAGGCACCAGCCACACAGAUAACAAAGAGGAACCCGGCCUCCCUCCCACUGACCCAGGCUGCCCUGAAGGUCCUGGCCCAAAAAGCCAGCCAGGCCCAGUCUCCUCAUGCUGGAACCCAGUCUUCAAGUGGGGUUGAUGGUGCUACAGGAACAGUCCCUGUGACAGGUCUACAGAGCAACUCUCUCCAGGCCAGAGUGGCCAACAAGCUUGGAAAAGCCAAAGGCCAGCAGGCCACUCUCCUUCCCUCGGGAAACCCCAAAGCCAAAGUCCCCAGGAGCUCCGAACACAGCGAGGACAGCAGCAGCAGCUCCUCAGGGAGCGAGGAGGGUGCUGAGGGACCCCCACCGGCCAAGUCAGCCCCCAAGCCAGGUGCAGUCCCUGCUGGGAAGGAGAUCUUGGUGGAAGAGACUUCCGAGUCCAGUGACGACGAGGUGGUGGCGCCUUCCCAGUCUCUCCUCUCAGGUUAUGUGACCCCUGGGCUGACGCCAGCCAAUUCCCAGGUUUCAAAGGCGAUUCCCAGGCCGGACCCCAAACCGUUAGUGUUCUCAACUCCAACUACCAAAGACAACCCAAAUGGCAAGCAGGAGGCAGAACCCCCACGAGGAGUGGACACCACGUCCCCUAAAAAAGGUAGAAAAGAACCCGCCUCCGGCACCACACCCCAGAAGCCUCGGAAGCCCAAGAAGGGGACCCUGGGUGCCCAGGCCUCGGUCCUGCAGAGCAGCAUCACCCAGCGCCUCCUGAAUGAGCACUGGCCCCUGAGCGAGGCCCAGGUGCAGGCUUCGGUGGUGAAGGUGCUAACCGAGCUGUUGGAGCAGGAAAAGAAGAAGGCCAUGGACGCCACCAAGGAAACCAGCAAAAAGGGCCACAAGCGCAAGCUUUCGGGGGACCAGCCAGCCCCCAAGGGCAAGAAGAAGAAGCUGCUGGAGGCUGGGGCGAAUGGGGAGAAUGCCGGUUCCCCUGAAAAGGCCUCUAGGACUUCCAAGGGGAAGACCAAGAAAGAUAAAGCAAGCAGUGACAGCAAGAAGAAGGGGAAGGGGUCUUCUGGCUCCCAAGGGGCCAAGGGCAAGCCAGAGGAGGAAUUGGGGACUGUGAAGGCCGAGGAAGAAGACCAAAGCAACUCCAAGAGCAAGAAGGAGAAGAAAAAGUCAGACAAGAGAAAAAAAGACAAAGAAAAAAAGGAAAAGAAGAAGAAAGCAAAAAAGGCCUCAGCCAAAGACCCUGAGUCACCAUUUCAGAAGAAAAAAAAGAAAAAGAAGAAGGCGGCUGAGCAGGUGCAGGCGGUGUGAGGGGCCAGCGGAAGUGCAGGUACACUUCCUGACCAGCCAGGGAUCUCUUCUUUGCUGAGUGGUGACGACCCCCAUGCCUCUGACCUCUGCCCGCCAUGGGCUGAAACUGAAUUUUAGCUCUCCUCCCCCGUAGCAGAAGCUGUCCAACCCUGGGGUUCCACCCUGGCCAAGCCAGUGAGCCCACAGGAAGGCUGGCCCAAGAAGGAAGUGGGCCCAUCUUUCACGGCCUGAGAUGCCUUGACUAGAUGUGUACAGAAUAUAUAUAUUUUUAAGGGACCUGUUUCUUGCUGUUUGAAGCCAACCUACUCAAAGGCCUCAGAGGACUCCUACCAGCCAGCCCGCUCCAGCCCCAAGAGCCCCAGCUUGUCCUGAGGUCUUGUCCUUCUUUUGCCAGUUUUUCCAGUUGUGGUUUGAUUUGGUUUUUUAAAAACUCAUAAAAAUAAAAGACCUACAGGAAACUGUGUGUUCCCAGUGCCU